CGGGUGAUUUUGCUCGCAGAGUUUCGGCAAGACAUCGCCAGUGUCCCCGACCCCGACCCCGACCCCGACCAGCCAACCGCGCAACGGUCUGACCGUUCGCAACUUCACACGCCGGCACCGCCUCUCAGGACGACUGUCUGUGCUUGCCGCCGUCGGCCCCGCAUUCCAGUCUGUCGAACGGCGGCCGGCCCGCUUCCGUCUGUUAUCGAGGAAUGGCGAGCGAUCCUUCUCCCCGCGCCGUGCGCUUCUCCCCACCCGACGACGAGGGUCAUCCCCGGCCGGACAAGUACAAACCAACGUCCCGCCAGACGACGGUGAUGCCCGACUCGGACAACCCGGCGACCGGCGACAUUCACCUGGGCCCUCGCCUGGCCGAACAGCAGGAUGAGCUAGGGACGCUCGGCCGCUUCGUCGACCCGGGCCAGAUCUCGGCCGUGCAGCCGCACCCGUCCGGUGCCAUAGCAAAUGGCGCGGCAUCCCGCCAGCGUUCUGCCGCCGACUCGGCCUCGUACUCCAACGGGACGACGCCCCGGCCGCAACGACCCACCGGUCCUGCCAGGACCCCUUCCAACACGUACCAACCCUACACGCAGCGGAGGCCGAACCAACCCGGAACCUCCUCGUUUACCAGCAGCGGCGGCCUUCAUAUCAAGGACGCCCCGAGGCGGACGGUAGGGACCUCGACGUUUCGCGCUCAAGAGCGAGAAUAUGUGAGGAGACUGCGCCAGCAAGAUUACAACAACGACUACUUCGACACAUAUGGCUCUGGAGAAGUAUACGACUCGGACUCCGAGGGCGAGACGCCCUCGUCGGAGGGACCGUUCGAUAGCUACGACGACGCACACAUCAUGUUCGUCAACAACGAAGGGAGCCAGAUCACCGAGGAGGAUCUGAAGGAUCCUCACAACCGCGAGAGAUUGGAAUGGCAUGGAAUGCUCGAGUCGGUGCUCACGGGGGACGUCGUGCGGCAGGAGAAGAAGCGCCUCAUCGGGUCGGCGGACGAGGACUUGGGCAAGAGCGCCCACAAAGCCGAGCUCUGGCUGGGCAUCCGUGCCCGGGUUUGCGGGAGGCAUCUGCCGGUCCAACGCAGGAUGGUGGAGGAGGCCCGCGCCUCCCUGGACCGCGCCAUAGACGAGGUCGUCAACUUCUCCAUCGCCGGCGAGAGCGAGGCCGGGAAGCCCCCGAUCGAGCAGGUCCGCGACACCAUCGCCAAGAUCGAGAGGAUCGAGUCCCUCUUUCCGUCCAGCGCGGCGCUGAUCGCGGCCGUCAAGCCGGCCACCUACCAAGCAUACCAGGAGACGUGCGAUGCCGUCAUCUCGUGGUACAACGUCAACGAGAUGAUCAACACGGAGCUGUCGAUCCUCAAGAAAUGGGUAGGCAACGACGAUCUGGACUUCCAGCGGUCGCAGGAGAACUCGGGACGCCUGAAUGACGAGACGUCCUUCCUGGACAGGCUGAUGAAGGAAGAGGGCCUGAAGUCGCUGCACGACGAUAAGGCCAGCGACGGAAAGAACCUCGGCAAGAAGAGCAUGCUAGACAGCAUCUCAAUGGUCAUCACCAAGGCCAAGGACACCUUGGUCGUGAACGCCGAGGCGUUCCAAAAACGUCAUCUGCCUCCCUACAUCGAGGAGCUGCUCACGCUGAUCAGCUUCCCCUCCCGCCUCAUCGAAGAGAUCAUCAAGGUGCGGCUGGCCUACGCCAAGAAGAUGAAGGACUCGGCCCAGCAAAGCCCCAUGAUGCAGGACCAGAUGAUCUCCCAGUUUCAGAUCCUGCUGAAGCUGGCAAUCAAGAUCAAAUCCGAGUACAUGGCCAUCUCUCAGCCCGAACCCGGGUGGGACCUGCCACCGUGCAUCGACGAAGACUUCGACCGCGUCAUUCUGGAUGCCCUCAAGUACUACUUCAAGAUGCUGAACUGGAAGCUCAGCGGCAACAAGAAUACCUUCAAGGAGGCGGAAUUGCUGUUCCAGGAAUGGGGCUUCGGGAACGAGAUCGGAAGCCAUCUGACGCACGGAGACGUCGAGGUGGCGGAACAGUUCAGCUCCCUCACCUACAAGGCCUUCAACCGGCUGAACCAGACGUUUGAGAAGGAGCUCCAGAGGCGGCCCAAAGAGAGCAUCUCGGAGAUGACCAAGCGGUACAAGCAGACUCUCGACUCGGUCCGCGUGCGGCAACGCAUGCUGCAGAGAUUCUCGAGGAUGCUCAGCGACAACUACGAGAACGCGUGCGACUUCACUGUCGCUUUCGGCCCCGAAAAGCUGCAGGAGCUGUUCGACCGCCUGGUCGAGUCGGGCCAUUUCCAGAUCUGCACCGGGAGUCCCGAGCACGAGAACGUCGUCAUCCUCGCCUCGCCUAGCCUCCACGGUCGCAGUGCCGACAUCCAGCUCCUGAUGGGCACUUUCGCCUACGAAACCAUCACCGAGGACCCCACCGACCCCUACAUCCUUAUCAUCCGAGCCGAAGAGCCGCCCGCCUGGUUCGGAGCGAAGCUCCACUUGCAGGUGCGGGACGAACCGCUGGACAUCAAACUCGGACACAUGAGGCUCAUUGCCGGCGGCUCUCAGUCGCGGUUGGUAAACGCCAGGAAGGCGUUUCUCGAUAACAUAGACAUGCACAUCGACCUCAUCGUCGAACAGAGGUCGAGCUUGCAGAAGGUGAACUUGCGGCUCAUGGAGAUCCGCAAGGUGGCCUUCAAGCUGUCAAACGCCUUCAUGGACAGCGUGGAAACAAUACGCCGGCAGACGCGCGGUCUGAACUGCCAGGAGCUGAUCCAGACGUGUUUCAUAUUCGCCACCGAGUUCGGUCAGCGCUCGCUGCUGUACAUGGACAACAACAGGCGGACAAUGAACAACAUGAAGCUCACCAAGCUUGCCCUCGACUGGGUGAGCUUCAUCUGCGACGACUGCAUCUCGUCGGACCGCAAGACUUUCCGGUGGACCGUGCAAGCGCUCGAGUUCGCCAUGGGAAUGACCAGGGGCAGGCAUAUCCUGGCCCUCGGCGACGACGAGUAUGCCAAAUUGCGAUCCAAGGUUGCCGGCUGCAUGGCGCUCCUGAUCUCGCACUUUGAUAUCAUGGGCGCCAGAUCAAGCGUGGCUGCGCAGGCCGAGAAGCUCCGGACGGAGGCCCUCAUGAACCAGCUCAGACGUCUCAACAAGGGGCAGACCGCGGAUGAUGCGACGGCCGCCAAGUUUGUUGAGGAGCACCGGCUGAUGGAGCUGGCCAAGAUCGACGAACGCAGGAGGCAGAUCUUGCUCGAGCGGUCUGCCAUGGGCCGCGUGCUCGAGAUAUCGAACGAGGUAGAUCGGUCGCUGGCUUGGCUGUCGUCUACGGCCACCAACUUCACCAUGAGGUGGCAGCAAGGCCACUUUGUCGGCGGUGGUACAUUCGGCAACGUCUACGCCGCCAUGAACCUCGACACGGGCCAGCUGAUGGCCGUGAAGGAGAUCCGCCUCCAGGACCCCAAGCUGAUCCCCAACAUCGCGGGUCAGAUCAGGGACGAGAUGCGCGUCCUGGAGACGGUCGACCAUCCCAACGUCGUAUCGUACUAUGGUAUCGAGGUCCAUCGAGACCGCGUGUACAUGUUCAUGGAGUUCUGUUCGGGCGGCUCGCUCGCCAACCUGCUGGAGCACGGCCGAAUCGAGGAUGAGCAGGUCAUCAUGGUUUAUGCGCUGCAGCUGCUCGAGGGCCUGGCCUACUUGCACGAGCUGAAGAUUGCUCAUCGCGAUAUCAAACCAGAGAACAUCCUCCUCGAUCACAACGGCAUCAUCAAGUACGUCGAUUUCGGCGCGGCCAAGCUCAUCGCCCGGCAGGGCCGCACGCUGGUGCAAGACGUGACCAGGACCAAGCCCAACAAGUCGAUGACAGGCACGCCCAUGUAUAUGUCUCCCGAGGUCAUCAAGGGCGAGAACCCGGGCCACUUUGGCGCGGUCGAUAUCUGGUCGCUGGGCUGCGUCAUCCUCGAGAUGGCGACGGGCCGGCGACCGUGGGCCAACCUCGACAACGAGUGGGCCAUCAUGUACAACAUUGCGCAGGGCAACCCGCCGCAGCUGCCCUCGCCCGACCAGCUCAGCCCGCAGGGUAUCGACUUCCUCGGGCGCUGCUUUAUUCGGGACUCCAAGAAGCGUGACACGGCCGUCGAACUGCUCCAGCACGAGUGGAUCAUGACGAUUAGGAACCGCGUUGUCGAGCCCGCCACGCCAAGCAGCGAUGCCAGCGGGUCGCAGCAGAACACGCCGAGCACGGCGACUUCGUCCAUGAGGGCUACCUUUGCUGGGGAAGAAGGGUCCCGCUAGUACUGGAUGUUUUUUUUCUUUUUUCUUUUUUCCCUUGUUUCAUUUUCCAUCGAUUUCUCUGUUGGUGUCGGGCUAGAUGGGAAAGCAGGACGAGGUGUUUAUGGCGGUCGACAUGGGUCUUGGUUUCGGCUUGACCUCGUAGGGAAAGAAGAAUAUCACAGCACCUAAUUUACGUUCCCUAUCUGAUUAUCAUUGGCAUAUGGGAGUUCCAACUCUCCACCAACUCUCCACCACGUGCCGCCCGGGUGCCUUCGAAAAUGUAUAAAACUAAAACUACUUCUGUCUGGCUACCCAUAUAGGAC